CUCCCUCCCUCCCUCCCACCGCGGUGCCCCGGCGGGUUUAGGACAGAUCGUGGACCUUAUUUUCAUUGAAUAACCUGUAUCCUGUUGAUUAAGAAAUCAGAUUUGAUUUUUUUUUCCUUCCUCAUUGAAAAAGCACAGUAGUGGCUCCCUGUUCAUUUCAAUGUGAGUUUGCUGCUCAUGGGUGUAAGUAAAUUAGAUGUCUUAUACAGAAAACUUCUCCUCACUAAACUCUUCAUCAGAGGAUGGGGAAAACCAGAGGAUCUGAAAAGAAUAUUUGAAUUCAGAAAGAUUAUUGGAAACAGGGAAAAAUGCCAGACGCUGGUUUCAAAAGAUUACCCAGUUUUUAUUGACAAGGUUGAGGAGCAAUCAGACUGUAAAAUCCUUGAGGGACACUUCAUUUCCCCUUUGGCUCAUUAUGUCCCAGGUAUCCUGCCAGUCGAAUCUCUUGUAGCAAGGUUUCAGUUCAUAAUUCCCAGAAGAUGGAAUAGCAAGUACAGACCUGUAUGCAUUCAUUUAGCCGGCACUGGAGAUCAUCACUUCUGGAGGAGACGCACACUGAUGGCACGUCCAAUGAUAAAAGAAGCCUGUAUGGCUUCUCUAUUACUUGAAAAUCCUUACUAUGGCUGUAGAAAACCUAAGGAUCAAUUACGGUCAUGUUUAAAAAAUGUCUCGGACCUGUUUGUGAUGGGAGGAGCUCUUGUUCUAGAAUCUGCAGCUCUUUUGCACUGGCUAGAGAGAGAAGGCUAUGGACCGCUAGGGAUGACUGGAAUAUCCAUGGGAGGACAUAUGGCUUCACUGGCCGUGACGAACUGGCCUAAACCACUGCCAUUGAUUCCAUGUCUUUCCUGGUCAACAGCUUCUGCAGUCUUUACUACGGGUGUGUUGAGCAAGGCAGUGAACUGGAGAGAGCUGGAGAAACAGUAUUUUACGCAAACUGUUUAUGAAGAAGAAAUCAUUCAAAUGCUUGAAUACUGUGGAACAGAUUCUUUCAAGAUGGGACAAGACUUUGUUAAAAACUUCCCGGACAGUGUGGACAGUCUGGAAGACAUAGAUGUGACUUCCAGAAUGUUCAACCUUGAUUCCUCGAACAAGUCUGUAUCUAAAGAAGCUGUCCACAGCUUUACCACAAAUAAAAGUACUCUAAGUGCCUCAUCAGAAAGACUCUUAAUACAAGAUGCUCCUAAAAUGCAAUGCAUGAAUCAAACAUUUUCAACCAGUAGCAACAGCAAUAUAAACUUAAACAGCCAACAUGGACAGAGGAUAAAUAAUAGAAGGAGUGAGACUUUACAGAGAGAAUCCUUAAGGUUCAUGAAAGGAGUAAUGGAUGAAUGUACCCAUGUAGCUAACUUUUCAGUUCCAGUUGACCCAAGUUUAAUCAUAGUUGUACAAGCGAAGGAGGAUGCAUAUAUUCCCCGAACUGGGGUGCGCAGUCUUCAGGAAAUCUGGCCUGGAUGUGAAAUCAGGUAUCUGGAUGGAGGUCAUGUCAGUGCCUACCUCUUCAAACAAGGACUCUUUAGGCAAGCAAUUUAUGAUGCGUUUGACCGCUUUCUUCAGAAAUACACUGUUUAACAAUCUUCAGAAUGUAUUCAAACGGAUCUCGUUUGUAUUUCCCCUUACUGGAACUCAUAUUUGGAAAACCAGCCUCUUACAAUGUUGAGUAGAUGGUCACUUACUUUGAAUGUUAUAGGUAACAAGUAUUAAAAACAAACAAACAAACAAAAAACGUGAAUUACCAGUAUUACUUUCAUGUCAACCAAGUGCCAUUCAGACAUGUUUCAGCUUUACCUGUGAAAAAGCAAUGGCAGCAUUUGUUAGUGCAUGAAUGGUUCAUGUACUUCAUAUUUAAUUGCAUUUUAUAUUCCUUUAAUUCUGUAUUUGUUGAAAAUAGACCAAUUUAAGUAUUGAUAAAAUGUAAAAUUUGAUGCAGGGCUAAGAUGUUGUCUUGCAUUUAGUGUAUUUAUAGUUUGUUCCAGCUAUUUUGUUAUCCUCUUGCUUCCUUGGCACCUUGGUAUUCCUAUUGCAUUUUACUAUGGCUUUGCCAACACUGCCUCUUGUGUUUGUCACUAUUUUCUCUUUUAUGAAUUGGAAAUGAGCUAUAGUGGAAGGGGCAGAAUCAAAUCUUGCAAAAAGAGCUUGUAAAAAUGGAGUACAGGGUGAGAGAAAGACAUUUUCAUUCAAUGCAUCCAUUAGAUUUUUCUGCCACUGUAUUAAACCGUGCCAUUCUGGAAGAGUCAUGUUGUAUUCAUUGGUCAGUUUCACAGAACUGAAAUAAUUGUAAAUGGAGCAUCCAGUAAUUCAUUUUUUACAUACGUUCAGUUGGAUUAUAAAGUUUUUCUGGUAGUUUUUUUUAAUUGUUAAAGAGAAUAAAAAUGUAAUAUUUUUUCUUCAGAAACGGUGGCAGAAAGAGUCUGAUUCUAAGCAGUUAAAUCAACAGCAGAUUAUAUGGUGCUAUAAACACCUGUUUGAAACAUUUCAGCAGGGGUCCUUUUUAAAAUGCACUCAGUACUGAUAUGCAAAAUACAGUAUAAUAUUGUAUAUUUUUUUAAAAAAUAUAUGCGAGACUAAGGGUUAUAAAAACAGUUACAUUGGUCUAAGAAAAGCUUAAACUUGUUUAAGAAAAUCCAAACGUGUUGUUUCCUCUUUUGGGAUGAAAAAUGCCAAGAAACUACAGUAAAAUCAAAGGUCAUCAUGCAUCAGCUGUAUCUGGUAGCUGUCUGCAUCUUAUAUUGUGGUUAUGUCCUGUUUCAUUCUUUUGAAGUAAGUAUGCAGAGAAGUUGAAGGCCAAAACACUUCAGUUACUAAUUUAAGUACAAUAAUGACAGGAGUUAGAAAUAAACGGUAAAAUCCAGAUAGUUCUGGAGAUAGGUGACUUUUGUACCUUUCAAAUCAAGCACUUUGUUGAUCUUCAUGGUUUUUAAUAGUCAGUGUGAAGCAAUCAAACUGAGUUUGUUUAUAUUGUCUUGAAUUUCAGUCUAGCAGACAGGACAAGUAACUGGGAAUGAAUCAUGGUUCAGUUGAAAAUCGUAAGUUCAGAUAAAACUGAAAUGCAGCAUUUUGCUGCAUUAAUAAUAACCAAAUUAAUUAAUAAUAACCAAAGUCAAUUAGCAUCCAAAUUUCCUGAAAAUGCAAAAAGUUGAAAUUGGUAAUACAUUGGAAGUUAUAUUGCUUGUUUCAAGUGUUUUUUCAUCAUUUCUUUAGGCAUUGUUGGUUUUAUAUAUAUUGGGAGCAAGUAUGAAGUGACUAGUGUGUUUAAAUAUUUGAAAAUACUGACUGUUGGAAGGUUUGAAAUGAAUUAUUUGCAAGCUCAAAAUUCUAAAAUAAAAUGCUUGAAUACUAAACUCAGAGUUUUAUGGGUUUUAACUUGAUACGAACUCAGUUGUCAGCUUAGCUCAGUUGUCACCCUUAGCUCAGUUGUCAGGUAAGGGUGUUUUACACUGUCUGCUGUUUGCCAAAUUGUUUUUGUCUCUGGUUGGUCGCAUUUGAAUGUACCUGUGUGCUUUAUGUCCUGUUUCUAUUGCAGCUAUGAAAGAAAGGGAGAUAACUGGUGGCAAGGGAAAGGGUUUGAAUAAAUGGAAGAGAGAAAAGAUAGAUUUUAUAAGGCCAGGAGUAAGCCUAAAGAAUCAACUUCUCUCCGCUGUAUGUGACGUAUACAUGCCAAUGUAAAUAUUUUCAAAGAGCACAAUACAAGGAACUACACAACUUACGAAAACUUGACAUUCUGAGGUUAGUGUUCUGAUGAUACUACUAUUGAGGUUUAACUUCCCUUAAGGUCAUGCCAUUCAAUGAAGCAGAUUUAUAUUGACAUAACUCCUGUUCCUGAGAAAGUCUUUAGAUAGUAGUGAAGGACUGGUCUCUAACAAGUGAGAAAUCACACUUUGCUACGUAACUAAAGUACCGUUGCCAAAUAUAAGAGUCCAGUAAGAAGCAUUUAAGAAAUUUCUCAGAAUAAUAAUAAUAAAAAAGGAAUAAUUAAAUAUGUGGUUUACAUCUGCCAGUUAUCAGACACAGGAGGCUAUUAGCUGAUCUGUGAAGGGAAGAGUCUUGCAGUGUAAAUGUUUUAACUUUUGGAAAGUGGGCUUUUUAAACCAGAUUUUAUGAAUAAGUCCUAAGAGGACAUUAUUAGUAAUCCAUUUUUGAUGUUAAAUGAGUAUGUGAUUUUAAUCCAGUAAGUGCAUGAGAAAAACAUUGGAAAAAGGUUCCUGCACUAAAUCCAAACAGCAGGUAGCCAUUCUGUGUGUCUUAAACUUACUGUAAAACUGACCUUGAUCAUUUUUCGGUUGUAAUGAUUUUUCAAUAAAAAUCCUACAAA